UGAGUCGUCUUUAUUCAUUUGUUAGCUUGCGCCAGCAGUCUACAGCAGCUGCAGUUGCUCCUAAACAGUUCCCAUGUCUUAAUAUAUUUAAUCGGACCGAGUUAGUGAGCUGGGUUUUCUUAGGGUUUUAUUAGUUAACCCGUGCCAAAGUAGAUGAGUUGUGCGAUCUCAGUGCAAAAGUGAAGGCAUUAGGCAGUUCCCUAUCUGCCACCCCUAGUAUUUGUGUCCCUUGUGUUGUUUUGGUGUCCUAGACAUAUAAAUAUUUAUCAAAACAAUGUCGAACAAGGUUCAGGUCGCUGUCAGGGUUCGGCCUUUUAACCGGCGAGAAAUUGACCUGAGCACCAAAUGUGUAGUCGAGAUGAUAGACUCGCAGACAGUCUUACACCACCCUUCAACAUUGGAUAAACCACCAGAAAGCCGGAAGGACCCCAAAAGCUUCACAUUCGACCACAGUUUUUUCUCGCUGGACGAAGAGGAUAGCAGAUUCAGUAGCCAAGAAAAGGUUUUCGAAGCUCUCGGCCAGGAUUUGUUAGAAAACGCCUUUCAAGGAUAUAAUGCCUGCAUCUUCGCCUACGGACAAACAGGGUCCGGAAAGUCGUACACAAUGAUGGGAACGCAAAACAAUCCGGGGAUCAUUCCACGGCUAUGCAACGCUCUCUUUGAUCGAAUCAAACGACUCAAGGAAGAAGAACCUUCCUUGAUGUGCAAGGUCGAAGUGAGCUAUAUGGAGAUAUACAACGAAAAAGUCCACGAUUUGUUAGACCCUGGGGCUCACAAGCAAUCGCUUAAAGUGCGAGAGCAUUCGGUACUAGGUCCUUACGUAGACGGUCUGGCCCAGCUGGCUGUUACAUCUUAUCAAGACAUUGAAGUGCUUAUGGGCGAAGGAAAUAAGUCACGAACUGUAGCCGCAACCAACAUGAACAGCGAAUCGUCCCGCUCACAUGCUGUUUUCAACGUUAUUCUUACUCAAAUAUUUACUGAUCCUUUUAGUGACGUAACUGGCGAAAAGGUCAGCAAAAUGUCUUUGGUCGAUUUGGCUGGAUCCGAGCGCGUCUCUAAGACGGGAGCAGUCGGAGACCGGCUGAAAGAGGGAUCCAACAUCAAUAAGUCGCUUACCACCUUGGGCUUAGUCAUUUCCAAGUUGGCCGAUCAAGCUACGCUAAAAAAUAAGGACAAAUUUGUCCCGUAUCGAGAUUCUGUGUUGACAUGGCUUCUUAAAGAUAACUUGGGUGGAAACAGCAGAACAGUCAUGGUGGCCACGAUAUCCCCGGCGUCAGACAACUACGAGGAAACUUUGUCGACACUACGCUAUGCUGACAGAGCCAAACGUAUCGUUUGCCACGCAGUAGUUAACGAAGAUCCGAACGGCCGUAUCAUUAGAGAAUUGAGAGAGGAAUUGGAAUUCCUUAAAGAGCAACUCAAGCAUGCCGUGUACCGUGAUGAUCUCAGCGAGCAACUUCAUCAGUCGGAAAAACUGAUGAGUGCCAUGUCGGAAACGUGGGAAGAGAAACUGGUGAAAACGGAACGUGUGCACCACGAACGGCAACAGGCUUUAGAAAAAAUGGGUAUUUCCGUCCAAGCUUCUGGGAUCCAAGUGGAGAAGAAUAAGUUCUAUCUGGUUAACUUGAAUGCUGACCCAUCACUCAACGAAUUACUUGUCUACUAUUUAAAGGAUCGUACUCUUGUGGGCCGGCAAGACGCUGAUAGUCAGCCUGAUAUCCAGCUGUCUGGACUUGGCAUCCAGACCGAGCACUGUCAAUUACUUAUUGAGAAUGGACAACUAUUUAUGGAACCAAUAGGGGUCGCGCCCUGCUUUUUGAAUGGAUCGCCUGUAAUUGCUCGAGUCCUACUCCGUCACGGUGAUCGGUUGCUAUGGGGAAACAACCAUUUUUUUCGGGUCAACUGCCCGCGUCCUAGUCCAACUAGCGAAGAACAGAUUCAACCAGAUUUCAAUUUUGCGCGAGAAGAACUUGUCCUAAAAGAAAUGUCCAAUGAUCCCAUUCAAACGGCAAUCGCCCGUUUGGAGAAGCAACACGAAGAAGACAAACAACGAGCUCUACAGCGUCAACGGCAAGAAUAUGAACGACAUUUUCAUCAACUUCGUACUUCCCUUCUAUCACCCAUGUCUCCAUCUUCAUCCUUCUCAUCGCUUGAUCUGAGCGGUAGAUCCCUUCGCGGAAGUGUGGGACUGGGGACGCCACGCUCAGAAAGAUGGGCACAAGAGAAGGAUGAGGUAUUCCGACGAAGUUUGGCGCAGCUUAGAGAAGACAUCGUACGGGCUAACGCUCUCGCUCGUGAAGCCAAUGUAUUAGCCGAGGAACUUGGGAAGCAGACACGCUUUAGUGUAACUCUCCAAAUCCCACCUGCCAACCUGAGUCCUAAUCGUAAACGAAUAGGGUUGGUGAGUGAACCAGCGAUUCUUGUCAGGCGGACAGGGAAGCCCAAUCAAAUCUGGUCAUUAGAUAAAUUAGACGUCAAAUUAGUGGACAUGAGAGAUCUCUACAACGAAUUCAAGAAUGUGGAUCCGCUUAAUAGAAGGGAAAAUCCUUUCCUGUCUCCAGGCUCUGAUCCAUUCUACGAGCUGCAAGAGAGCCAUAGUUUAAUUGGUGUCGCUAAUAUAUACAUGGAUGUGCUCUUCCAUGACGUUAGGUUAAAUUACUUUGUUCCUAUUAUAUCUCAACAAGGAGAAGUAGCCGGAAAAUUACAGGUGGAACUGAGCAGAAUAGCUGGUCAAUUUCCUACCGAUCACAUGUGUGAAUCUGACUCGGGUGAGAAUUGGGAUGAGCAAGAUGAGGAUGUUACAUCUAAUAGCAAUUGCUCUACGAUAACGUGCCGUGUUAGCAUACACCAGGUUUGCGGGCUGCCGGCAUCUUUGUCCCACUUUGUUUUCUGUCAGUAUAACAUGUUCGGACAAACAGAGGCUGUGGUAGUACCUACAGUGAUGAGUAACGAGGAUGAGGACCGGCGAAACCAAAAUGAUGUUCGCAUUCGCUUUGAUCAUGUAAAGGAUUUUACUGUCCAAUUAACAGAGGAGUUUAUGGAUUUGUGCAGUGAAGGCGCUCUUUCAAUUGAGGUUUGGGGUCAUCGAAGUGUUGGUUUCACAGCUGGGAAAACUGCAUGGGAAGUGGAGCAGCAGCAGCUAGCAAAAGUGAGAUCGUUAGCGGAUAAAUGGCGUGAAGUUUCACGUCGAAUUGAAUUAUGGGUGGAAAUUCAGGAAUUGAGUGAUUCUGGAGAGUACGUUCCAGUUGAGGUUAUACAUCGAGACUGUCUGUCUGGAGGUGUCUAUCAACUACGCCAAGGACAACAACGACGAGUGUGCGUACGUGUCCGACCUGUCCGUGACUCUGGCACGUUACCACUGGUCUGUGAGACAGUGACAUGUGUCGAAAUAGGAAGUGUUUCAGCCAGGUCCAAAUUGCAAAAACAGCUCGAUUCGUACCAAGAGGAAGACCUGCUAUUGUUGCGUGACAAGUGGAGCGAUGCCGUUGCACGUAGAAGACAACAUCUUGACCAGCAAUUGCAACGUUUAAUGCAAAAGCCAGACAAAAGCGAGAGCGAUGUUGAACGUGAGCAGAGUUUGGUGAACCAGUGGGUUAGCCUGACGGAGGAGAGAAACACAGUCUUGAUACCCAUAUCCAGUUCGGGAAUUCCAGGUGCCCCCGUACCGACGGAUUGGAAUCCUCCUGCUGGUUUGGAACGGCACGUCCCGGUCUUGUUCCUCGAUUUAAACCCAGACGAUCUUUCCGCACCCUAUCAAUCAAAUCUACAUGGAAGUUUUGAAAAUAGUUCCUUUCUCGACGGUUUAAAUAUGGUUGAUGAUGGGCAGUUUAUGUCACCAGCUGGAAGCAACUCCAUCUUACCUAAAGAACAUGGUGGACAGUUUUCCAGCUUGCCAAUCAUCAGGUAUCUUGACAAUGAAGAUAUCGGUGCCGUCGCUGCCUGGGACUCUUCAAUUCAUGACAGUUUAUAUCUAAACCGCGUUACUGAAGCAAAUGAGCGAGUCUACUUGAUCUUAAAGGCCACGGUUCGAUUGUCACAUCCUUCUCCGAUGGAUCUCAUUCUGCGCAAGAGACUUGCAAUUAAUAUCUACAAGAAACAGAGCCUUACGAGCAUUUUGAAGAAGAAGAUCGGACGUGUUGAUUCGAUUACCUCUUCGGGAGUUAUGUACGAAAUCGUAUCCAAUGUACCUAAAGCCAGCGAAGAGCUGGAAGAUCGCGAAUCCCUAGCACAGCUAGCAGCUUCAGGUGAAGACGUCUAUUCUGAGGACGGUGAAACUUACAUCGAAAAAUAUACGAAAAGCGUAGGGGCAGUCGAAUCUAUUUUGACGUUGGACAGACUCCGCCAGAAUUUGGCUGUAAAAGAACUACUCCAAAACCAACAAGGUGGAAAAACGAGCUCAACCAUGAGAAAGACCUUGAGUGUUCCCAACCUGUCCCAGUUACUUCGUUGGCAAGAAGAAAACAGUAAUGGCAGUACAGGGAAAAUGGGACGCUCAGAAUCAUUGGCCAAUUUUGCGGCCGAAAUACUUGGCAUUCAAGGCCGAGAUAAAAAUACGACAACAGGAUCUCCUAAUUCACCAUCUAGUGAAGUUGCUCGCAGAUCACUUGAUUCAACGGUGACGCGGCCCAAUUAUCUUAAUCUUAAUGCCAGUGCAGGACUAGGUAGAUUAAAUCAGUCAUCUCCUAGUCCCGCAUCUUCCCGUCUCGUCUCAAGAAUGACAACUUUACAUGAAGAAAAUCCUACUGCUGGUAACCAUGCAAUAUCAUCCCUUGUCUUUGUGGACAAGCUAGAAACUACCCCUGAAAUAAUGGAAGAUAAGAACGAAGAAGAAGCUGAAUUAGACAUGAUUGACAACGAAAGCCGGUUGCAAGUGCAUGCCGAUGAGAAUGGUCCACAAGGCGAGAGCGUUUAUUCUAGUGGGUACGGAUCGAAUGGAGCGUCAGAGGUGACGCUUUCUAGUACCAAUGAGGACGAGUGCUCUUUAAGAAGUUGUAGUGUUAGCACGGAAGAAACGCCAGAUCAUCCGAUAGCUCAGCCACUGCCACAGCCACCCAUUGCGUCUACGUACGAAGCGAACCAAGAAGAAUUCGAAAAGAGCUUGACGGUCGUCUCCACUGAAUGUGGAGUCGUUCGGAGGUCAAAAGCUUCGGUUGACAAAUUGACAGCUCUAAAGGCUCAUCGAUCCUCCUGCCCCACGGCAUUGACCGUAAACGAAUCGCUUAAUCUCAACAAUAGUUAUGGCAGUGCUCAUAGUAGCAGUAGCAACGUUUCCAUCGAACGCCUUACAGCCACCGACGAUGAGGAAACUUCUUCCGAGGUUCCAGCAGUUACGAGUAAACCCUCCAAGCCUUUACCGGAAUGGGUAACUGUAGGCGAGAGUAUUUUAGUACGACCUUACAACUGGUCGGGCAUAAUUUCCUUUAUAGGUGCAACGCAAUUUGCAUCUGGUACUUGGAUUGGGGUAACAUUAGAUGCUCCGACAGGUAAACAUGAUGGUACUGUUCAAGGAGUUUGUUAUUUCAGCUGCAAACCAAAGCACGGGAUUUUCGUUAAAGCGGACAAACUUAUUUUGGAUAAGAGGGGUCGGGCUCUUCAUAGCUCUAGAGGCUCAAGUAUCAACCCUUCUGAGCUGCAAAGCUCUACUACCAAUGCUAUGAAACGUAGCCAGAGUAAAGCUGAGGGCAUGAGUGAAAGUGCUCGUAAACUUGCUCUCUCAGGAGAUGCAUCUAUGCGUCGUUCAAAAAGCCGAGGAGAUGGCCUCAACCGGCAUUAGAUUACCAUAAGUAUUCUCUUCUCGUUACUUUGGAAGAGGCAAGAAGAGUUAGUCAUAUUUUCAACAGGGCUGACAAAAGGAGAGCUGCUAUAUUAAGCACCAAUUUCUUGUUUUAAUUAUUCAAACGGCAAUAUUACGACUCGUGUUUUAAAAGUACUUUUAAAGAAAUUGACUGAUGCAAGGCAAUGUGAGACCAAAUUGAUUUUACUAUUGCCCUCUUAUUUAAAGGAAUUCGAGUAUUUUAAACAUUCCUACAAGUUAAGCCGGAUUUUUAUUUUAAAGAAAAACAUUGGCAUGUGAUUUUCAUCAUAGUAGAUUUUAUCAAACUGUCAAACUAUUAUACAAAUUUGUUUUGUCUACAUAAAUGCUUGAUUGUCAAAUGUAAAAAAAUGAAAAAAAAUUACAUUUAUUUUGCUUUGA